CCAGACAAGCGAUUUCUGGGUUCUAGCAUUUACAAACGCAAGCUAGCUUUGGAAAUUAACAUAUUUCCACAGCACCAAUUCUGGGACAGAGAGUUUGGACAAAACCCCACCGAGAAAAUGAGCGAGACGAGGCCGGUGCCGAGGAGGGAGAGCCCAUGGGGGAUGUCGGAGGGAGAUCACAAGCAGCCAAAGGCACAUCGCUGCAAUGAUCGAGCCGAGGACGUGAUUCAAGCUUGUUUCGAGGGAAACCCUUUCAAGACAGUGCCAGGACCAUUUAAGCUCUUCUGGGAAUGCAUGCGCUCCAAACCCGGAGAGGAACCAACAGAUCCUUACACUUACUUGCAGAUUGAUGCUCCAAAAAGAGAGGUGAAGCUUGAGUAAAGAAGAAGCAUGCUGGCGCCACUUUCCAUUUGUAAUUCAUUUCCAUUUUUUGCAGACGGUGAUGUGAAUUGUCAAGGCUCAUUUCCUUUGUUUUUUUUUUAGCUUUUAUGGAUACUGCAAAAUGUUGGUCCUUGGAUCUAACAGUUGGUAACCUUUCCCUUUCGUCUUUGGAUAAUAAUGAUAUAAAGAUUAGCAGCUGUUACAACCACAUCGAUUCUGCUUUAAGAAUAAGAAAUCUAUCCCUUCCAUUAAGAC